AGAUAAAAAGAUAGAAAGAUAAAAAGAUAGUUUGAGUGUAAAUAAGUAGAUUAUACACCAGUAAAGGUGGAACACUAAGAAAGGCCGGAUCUAGAAAGUUUAUAAAACUUGAAGAAGUGAGGGGGGUGAGGAAGUUAUAAUACAAUUCAAUUUUUCCUAAGAUUUCACACGAUCAAGAUCCAAUAUAAUGAUCAGAUUUUAUAAAUGCAGUACCAAAUGUUAACUCCAUUCACAGGACUUUUGAGCACCAGUGAUGUUUGCAUUCAGCAUAAAAUGAGGAAAACUGAGGAAGAAAAUGGCGGAUUUGGAGCGUACUCCAACCUGCCAGGAUCAAAGACGACCCUUUCACUUGGUUUGGUUUCCAGCAAAUCCUGGUGCGGACCUGGGGAAAACAUGGCCGACUCUAAAGGUUCGUGUGUUGGUUUAUCCCGCUGGGAAGCUGGAGAAGAGAAGAAUAGUUUACUAGGAGACAAGGGAGGAAGUUGGCUCCGGGUACACUCAACAACUAGAUCCAUGAGGAAUCUGUUUCAAAGUCGGAAUGAGAAAUUGAGAAAUAAUUGUCAAACCAGUGAUAUUUCUUCACAUGAAGAUAGUCCCGUUGUAUCCCCUAACUCUAAUGUACCGCAAGCCUGGACCAACUUUACUAACGCAAUUACACAAACAGAGAUACAAACAGUGCUAGGAGAAACCUGCAGGGAAGCAAAGAAGAAGAAAAGAGUUUCAAUUCUAGAAAGUAAUGAAGAAACGGAUUACAGACUAAGCAGUGAUCCAAUAUCUCAUUUACAGGAUGUUCCAUUGAAAUCUGCUUUGAAACCAACCAAAUAUGAUAAUGAUUUAUUAAUAGACAUCACUAAUGGGCAGAACAAUGGAAAGUUGAAUAUUAGAGAAAACCCUUUACAACUAUUUUCAGAUAAUUCAGGUUAUAAUGAUGAUGAUUGUGGGAUAAGUUUUGAAGUCCCAAACCUGGCACUCUCCUCCUCCCUUUCUGCUUCAGAACACCUUAAACAUCAGUUCUCUCCCUGCUGCUGGGAUGAUGACCACCGAAGGAUAGAUAAUGAAGUGUACUGCAGUGACGCAAGCAAUGAUACAUCGGAAACUGUGAACUAUGAGGCUGUGACGAAGGAAAUUUCUAAAGCAGAUCAAAUAUUUACAAGUUUCCUUAUACUUGCAACCCUUCUCUGUGUUAUUUAUCUCUUCUAUUCUCAGAACACUACAGGGGCGUUCCAAUUCCAUCAAUAGUUUAGAAUAUUUACUCAGGGGCGUUAUAGGAAUAUAAAAAAACUCUAGAAUCUUCAUACUAUUAAGAAAAUUUAAAACGUUUUGAAUUAAUAACUUUAAAAAUUAAAACCGUGACUUGGGAAGCUUACAAGCUUACAGUUAUAUAUUUUAUAUAAAAUAAUUCAGAAUUUUGAAAAAAAAACGUUUUGAAAAAAGGGUUCCAUUUAAUCGAUCAGAGGUCGAGGAACUUUUGUAUUGAUCAUCUGCACCGGAUUGUGUAUGUACCUUUUGAAUCUAUGAGGAUUCGAUUAAUCAGAAGCCACAAAAAAAACUGCUAUUGGUCAAAUUUCUUAAGUGCGUGUCAGCUGUUCUUCACGAAUAAAGCAUGUAAGCGCUGCACAUCAAAAGUUUACAUCGUGCGAUAUCAAAUCAAAGCGAUGUUGAUUAAUUAAUAUAAAAGUUUAAACCUCAGACACGUUAAACAAAGCCAUGAAUUAAACCACAAUAGUUUUUUUGGUACACACUAUAUACUUUUAAUAUUUUGAGGUUUUGAAAAAUUACUCGAUUCUUAAUAACAAAUGUGAUUCAGUGAUCUUCUUUAUGCAUGAAAAAACAAUAUAAAUGAUGUAAUAAAUAGUGAUAUAUCUGCUCAAUUAAU